AUGACACUUGAGAAGGAAAAAGCUCCCCCAUUAUCCUCGAAACCAGCCAAAUCUGGCAGAGGCAAGGAAAAGAAGAAGAAGUGGAGCAAGGGAAAACAAAAGGAGAAGGUGAACAACAUGGUGCUGUUUGACCAGGCCACUUAUGACAAGCUCCUCUCGGAAGGUCCUAAGUUCAAGCUCAUCACUCCUUCUAUCUUAUCAAACAGGCUGAGGAUUAAUGGAUCAUUAGCACACCGUGUCAUUAAGGAUUUGAUGGCAAAAGGUUCUAUUAGGAUGAUUUCUGCCCAUGCUAGUCAGCAGAUUUACAUCAGAGCCACCAACAGCUAAAGAGAAGUUGUUUGUCUUUCUCA